AUGGGCAACCACAAAUCGACAACAAAUGCUGCUAGUGGACAAGCAGCUAUCAAUACCAGCAGUGCAGCUGUGCUACCUCAUCGUAUUCGUCGAAUUGUACAAAACUUUCUUCUCGUCUGGCUCGAUGCUCGUAUUGAUGAGUCGAAACAAGACUUCAAAAAUUCACUAACACGUCUGCGGCAUCUUGUGGUAUCAAUUACCACAUUUACUGAUGCUGAUGAAUGCAUCCAAUUUAUGAAGGAAUUAGAAGAAGAAAAAAUAUUUUUGAUUAUUUCUGGCUCACUCGGGGAACAAAUUGUACCGAAAAUCAAUGCAUGGCCACAAUUAGAUUCCAUUUAUGUGUUUUGUGGCAAUCGAUUGGUCCAUGAACAAUGGGCCAAAAAUAUGUCCAAGGUUAAGGGCGUAUAUACUGGUAUUGAUUCGAUUUGUGAAGCAUUACAAAUCGAUCGUGAACGAUGUGAUCAAGCUAUGAUCUCAAUUAGUUUUCGUGACAUUGGUGUAUCGUUUAUGUAUACACAAUUGUUCAAAGAAGUCCUUUUGGAAAUUGAGGACGACAACACUAAAUCCCUCAAAGAACUCAUUGAUUACUGUCGUCUUCAAGAUGAUAUUGCUACAGACGAGAUCGAGAUGGUCGAACAAGAAUAUCGUCGUCAUAAGCCCAUUUGGUGGUACACAGCUCCAUAUUUUCUUUACUCGAUGCUUAACCGUGGUUUGCGAUUACUCGAUGUUGAUAUUAUACUCAAAAUGGGUUUCUUUAUUCGAGACUUACAUCGACAUAUUGACGAAUUACAUCGCGAACAACAAUCCACGAAGAAAAUACUGAAAACUACAUUUCAAGUAUUUCGAGGUCAAGGUUUAUCAAUACAAGACUUUGAAAAUAUGAAACAAACAAAAGGAGGCCUGAUGUCUUUUAACAAUUUCCUUUCAACAAGCCGCAAUCGUAAAAUUUCAAUGGAAAAAUUUGCACGUCCGGCAGCAUACGAUCCUAAUUUAGUUGGCAUACUUGAACAAUCAAGUAAAACAAUUCGUGGACUUUCGGUUCGUCUAAAUUAA